AGUCCAAACGCUUACAAAAUGAGUAGUCUGCGUUGCAAGAUCCUACAGCUGGCUGUGCUGCUUGUGCUGGCUGCUAUGCAGAUCGGAGCAGAUCAUUUGGAGAGCGAUGAAUGCGGCUGCGGGCGGCGGGGCUGAGAUGAUACAUCAAUAAACAAGUGACGAGCAAUGCAUACAA